AUGGGAGACCGAAAGCCGUCCCAGUUCCUUCGCCACCUGCGUGGGCUGGCGGGCACCGCCGUCCCGGACGGGUUGCUCAAAACCAUCUGGCUAGGGCGAAUUCCAGCGUCCAUGCGGGUCAGCCUGGUAACCCAGACGGAAGCCGGUUUGGAUAAGAUGGCUGAGCUCGCCGACGCCGUCAGCGACGCCUUGCCUGAAAGGCACCAUGUCGCGGCCGUAUCGACGGACUCGUUCGAGACGAUGCUCGAGCGAUUGAUCAUUCAUAUCACCGCCAAAAUGGGGGAGUUGGCGAAUGGACUUCGUCAAGAGAUCGCGGCGGUAGAAGACCGCGCGUCGGCUCGCGGUAGCCGAUCGCGGGAGCGGCGUUCACCGUCCAGGCAGCGCGCGCGCAGCCGCGGUCGCGGCAAGAACGGCGUCUGCUGGUACCACUGGCGGUUUGGUGCUGACGCGAUAAGAUGCGAACCGCCGUUCAACUUCCGUUCGGGAAACGAUCAGGGCGGUCACUAA